GGGCAAAGUGUAGGGACCCUUCGUGUGGUGGUUUGGCAAUGACAACGGACAGCCGAGCUGCAUCGUAGGACCCAAAGGGGCCAAGAUGGCUGCGCCCUUGACAGACGCCGGGGAGUUUGAAAGCUGGCUAAAUGAUCGACUGGACUUGUUAGAAGUGGAUCGUGAGGUGUAUGGGGCGUACAUUUUAGGGAUUCUGCAAGAGGAGGAGACCGACGAGGAGAAAGAAGAUGCGCUUCAAGGAAUUUUAUCUGCAUUUUUGGAGGAGAACACAGUGGAAGAUGUCUGUAAACAGAUCAUAAAGCAGUGGGAAGAGUGUUGCAGCAAAUCUGCAGCCAAAAAGGAUGCUGAUGAUGAGGUCCAGGCCAUUGCCAGUAUGAUAGAAAAACAAGCUCAGAUUGUGGUGAAGCAGAAAGAGGUGUCUGAGGAGUCCAAGAAAAGGAAAGAAGCCCUUCUCGCUCAAUAUGCUAAUGUAACAGACGAAGAGGAUGAAGCUGAAGAAGAGGAGCCAACAACUGGAAAUAUCACUGGAAAUGAUAAAAGCCUGUUCAAAAACACCAAUGUGGAGCUGGUGCUGAACAGACAAAAGCAAAAGCGGGACCAGGCUCGCGAAGAAGCUCAAAAGAAGAAGGAAAUGGACAAGAUGCAGCGAGAGAAGGACAAACUAGCUAAACAGGACAGAAAAGAGAAGGAGAAGAAGCGUACACAGAAGGGUGAACGCAAAAGAUAAAACCAAAAGAAAGGACACUUUGUAAAAAAAGAUUUUUGCUACAAUAUUUUUAAAAAAAAAGUCUUUGGCUCUUUUUCAGCUGAACACCAUCCACAUCAGACCCUUGUUUGUUUCUCAUGUGUGUGUGAAUAAACUAUAUGUUAAGAAUAAAAAUAAAUGUCUUUUGUUUUCAGAGUUAAACAGAUGUUUUAAAAAAACAAAGCUGUAUGUCAAUGAUGAACAUGGUCAAUCCCUUGUUAGUCAAAUUUUCACUUAAGUCUGCCAAAUAUAGUUUUUCCAACAAAUACAUAGUAUGCUUUGAGUUGGCUAAAAGUACAUUUAACCUUAAAUGAUGAAAUUAUACUGCUGAACCUGAAAUUGAACUAAUCGUAAGGGGGGUGAAGAAACCCAAAUAGUUUUAACUCAACAGUUGAGCCUGUUAUCCUUUGCCACAUCUUGCAAAUGCCUUCAUUUUUCAAAACAUUUUUGAUUAAAGGCAUGUGCUGCUGUAAUAACGCAAUGUUUUUUUUAAGAACACAGCAGUUGUAAAUGACCUCAAAUAUAUUAUGUACCAUCAUUCUGAAUGUUUACGGUUCAUCUUUUAAAAUAAAUUAAAAAAAAAUAAAAAACACUUUUCAGCAAGGAAA